CGAUUUUAGUUCAUAGUUUUAUAUUUUAUGCUGAAAGUAAUACAAUUUUAACAAUGUAAAAAAAAAAAAGUUUUCAUAAUACACUGAUCUGUAUUUCACAUCUUCUGGACAGCUUCAGGCACACAGCAAUUCUGUCAUCAUGAAUUACACAGAUGUUAGAUUUGCACUCAGCUCUGCAUUUCUUUCAUUUCUUUCCUGGUUGUAACCAUUGUCCAGGCAAGCUCACAGCUCACAUGCUCUUGAAAGCCGAUCCCUGGCAGUGAUAUUUAAGUCUUCGUCUGUUUUAGAUUUGGCAAAACGAUCAAUAACUUUCCUCUGCGCUCCUGCUUCACAUUCCUUUGUUUUUUGCAUUUUCAAUUUUUUGAAUGCCGCUUUCAUCCUACAUCUAAAACACAGUCCUUGCUGCUGCCUUCACUUACAACAGACGCCUUUUCCCUGUGCAGGUGGGAUUUCAUACUCAAAUCCAGUGAAACUCAUGACAACAUCCCUGCAAUGUGAGAGACACACAUUUUAACGGUUUGUACUGAGCGUGACUAAAGAGCCCAGACCAAACUGCCAAUCACAGUUCUCAAUCUCCAUGCCUUGCUCUCGCACUUCCAGGUCACUGCAGCAGUGUUUUCCGAGUCACUCUCUGGCUGCAUGUCAGUCAAUAGGGGACGCAGCAGCUGAUUGGUCAAUGAAAGAAGCCGUUGAAGGGGUGUAAUUUCACCCUCCUGGUGACCAAGGAAGUGUGACACGAUCUGAAACAUGUCUUCUGCAAACAGAGAUUUCAUUAACAGCGUGACCGCAGCCCCUCCUACUCUCUGUCUGUACUGAUGUAGAGUAGGCGGGGCUGGCAGAGUUGAAAGGUCACACUGGAAUGAGUGACCGGGCUGUUUGGACUUUCCAGACAAGCUCAAAGCAGCUCAAAACUAGCUCUGCAGAAAGGAAGAGGCAUGGAAGUCUAAACUUUUUUGUGGGAGAAAUUUGGAACCUGAGAGAUUUCUGGACUUCAGAGAGACACAUUUCCACAAAGGGGGACAGUUGGACAUUUAGUGAACCUGGUUAUACUUAUUUAAAAAAAAAAACCAAAAAAAAAAAAACGCAGCGUUCUCCUGAACGUAUUUGAGACAAAGGGACAAAAAACAUUUCUGUCUGUUUGGGAAACUGAAGAUUUUUUUUUUUUUUUUGAGUCAGUUCUUCAGUAUAUUGUUGAACACAUUUUUGGGAGCAUCUUAACAAAAAACUCUAAUUGGAUUUUUUUUUUUUUUUUUUUUUUUUUUUUUUUAACCCUUUACACUUUUUUCGGAAUUGUUGGUGGGUAAAUCUGUAACUUUUUAUUACAAGGAGACGAUUAGUAUAGUUGAAUUAAUUUAGGAAGACUGAUUGUUUUAGUUAAGUUUGAGGAGGGGGGGUUGAUUGAAUGAAUACUUUAAAAACGUAAAGGAGGCAUUAUGUAUAUUAGAUCUUUAACUGUGUCUCAAACAUUAAGACAAAGGCCAGUUGAUGUAAUAUUUAUUUAAAUUAAUAAAAGUUCCUGGUUUAUCAACACUAGAAAAUUAGUAGAUGCGUCAAUUUUUUUUUUUUGACUGAAAUGCAAAAAUUUGACAGCAAAAUUCGAAGCAUGAAAAAGUCAACAAUUUUUUUUUUUAGGCUGUAAAAUGUGUUUUAAAGCCGAGUUUUGACUUUUCUUCAUGCGUUUUUAUAAUUUGUUUUAAUCAAUUUUUUUUGGUUCACUUUCUAUAUAUAUUUUUUAUUCUGUUUUAAAAACAGAGCUUAAGAUCAGUUGUUACAAAUCCCUCUUUUCAAGAUUACCCCUUCUGCCCUCACAAUCUCUUCUACUACCCUUGCUCCCCCUCAGCCCCCUCCACAGACCUCUUUUCCGCUCCCCCUCACAGACCCCUCCUUUCCACUCUCCCUCACAAAACCUCCUUUCCACUCCCCCUCACAGACCCCCCCUUUCCCCUCUCCCCCUCACGGAUCCCAUCUUCUGCCCCCCCAUCUCUGUGUCCCGUUGGCGAACUUUGUUGAAGUGGCGAUGUGGUCCAACUACUUCAUGCAGGAGGAGGACUCUGGAGGGUUGCGUGGCGUGGCUGGCGGAGCCAGGGGCGGGGCCAGGGGCGGGGUGAAGAGAGGGGCCAGGGGGGCAGGCUGGAGCGACAGCCAGGAGGGGAAGGUGAAGCUGGCGUUCUUCGUGGCGAUCGUGGGGGUCACCCUCACCAUGCUCGCUGUGGGGACGGAGUUCUGGGUGGAGCUCAACCCCCCCAAAUCCCUCUACAACAACCACACCUGCCCCGCCGCACACUUUGGGCUCUGGAAGAAGUGCUUCAAGCUGCUCUUGGUGUCCGACAUCGACCCGGAGAGGGAGAGCUGCGGGCCAGCCGAGCUGCCUGGAGAGGUGAACUGCACCUAUUUCAGAUUCUUCACAACAGGAGAAAAUGCAGUCAUAUUUCAGAAGACUACCAAGAAAGAGCUCAGUAUUGCUGCUGCAGUGCUGUGUUUGCUCAGUAUCGCGCUGAUGAUCUUGGGUUCGAUGUGCAUCACCAUGGCGCUCAGUAAAGGGGUCGAGUUCCUCCUCAAGCCGGCCUCCUUCUUCUUCAUCCUGGCAGGUGUGCUGGUCCUCAUCUCUCUUGAGGUGUUCAGACAGUCAGUCUACGCUCUCCUCUCCUCUGAUCACACUGUCCCGCUCCAUCACGAGUUCUCCUGGUCUGUCGCCUGUGUGGGGGCGGCCGGGGCGGUCCUCAUUUUCGGGGGUGUGUGCUUCGUCAUCCUCUCCUUACCCACAAGCCCCUGGGACAAGUGCCUCAACAAAGACAGACCAGAGACCUAAGAGAUGAAUUGUGAGAUAUGAGUGACUGCCAAGGAAAAGCAAUUAGAUAUUGAACUGCUGCUUUCCCUAUUGACUGACACGCUGGCAGACAGCGACCCGAAGACACUGCCGAGGUGACCUAGGAAGGCGAAGCAAGCAAAC